GGGAACUUCUUUUGCUUUUCAUAACAUUUACGAAAAGAGAAUGGAUGAAAGUUGAUGAAACACGUUUAAAAAAUGGCAUUAUUGUUAACACUGUUUGCGUUGCUGUUCCUGGCAUUUAUAUUUGUUUUGCCUGCCUCCGCAAGCACUCCUUUCAUCUCCAAAUCACCUUCCCUCGAAGAGCUCUCGAAAUUUUGUUUUGGUUCCAUUGUGCCUUACAAAUACUUGCACUGAGGCAAGAUGAACGACAACCCAGAGGAGCUAGCUGCAGUUGCUGGAGAUGACGUACCCGCGGAGGCUGUCGAGCAAGCCGAUCACCACCAUGACAACGAACAUCAUCAUGCAGUUGAUCUGGAAGAGGAAGAUGACGAGGACGAAGAGGGAGAGUUCGUCAAUCAAGGUGUCCUCAAUACCAGAAUCCUUGGGCCUACGGACCCUCGCCGAAUGCAGCUUUCAAGAGAAGAAAGGGACUGGGCUUUGGAUAUCAAGGACGUGAUUGAAGGCACUCCCGAAAUCAACAAUAUAUCGGACUUCAUGUGUGCUCAGCUUGCCAUCAUCCACCAAGAUGAUAUUGCCACUGCUGUGGAGAGUGCUAGCAAACUGCAAAUUUCAAGGGAAGAAUACGAUAUACGAGAUACAUUGGAAGAUGGAAUUGUCAAACUGCAAAUAUUGCUAGAUUUGAACCCAGGAAACAAUUUAUCCUUUAGCUUCAGUCAUCAAGAAGGAUGUUACGUUCUGGUCUGUGACCUUGGCAAAAUGGACAUGAAUCUUAUGAAAGACAAUCAAAAUGUCUAUAAGUCCCUUGGGGGCGCUUUUUACCAGAAUCAUGCACUUACUCCAGACCUGGAAUCCAUCCGACGAGGAGUUAUCUUUAUACUGGAGUGCGAUGGGUGUACGUGGAUCCCAAGACUUUGUGAAAUGAAGUAUCACGAGAAAUACUGGGCAGAAAUUGGUGGGAUUUAUCCCUUUUGUAUUCGACAGUACAAGUUCUUCCACACACCCAUGUUCUUCAAUAUGAUCAAGUCUUUGGGACGUCCUUUCAUUCCAAAGGAUAUCUACUCAAAGAUGCAGAUCGGAUGCCAAUUUCCUCAUGGCAGGUUGGAUACUGUUUAUCUAGUACCUUCCUGGGAAGCCACAAAGCAGCGCUUUCUGGGGAGAAUGGCUGAGACUCUGAAAUUGCGCUAUGAAAAUGAAAGAAACUUCUCGUUGUCUUGAUUUGAAUUGCCGGUCCAAAACCCUAACGGCAUCCUCUUGCGAAAAAUGGCUCCAUCUAGGUAGGAAGUGGAUAGAGUAUCACGUAGUUUUAAUGGACGAAGUCUUUCUUGUUUAGGCUGCACUUUACUAAACUGCAAUUCUACGGCACUCGCUCGUCAGCUGCUUUUCAUUUUAAUUGACAGCAUAGUACGCAGCCUGGGAUUCCACUACUAG